AGAUAUUACUAGUGCCUCCCCCGCGAUCAAACCGUCAUCAAAUAAAAACACAGCCUAAAGGGAACAUUGACAGCUGCCUUGAAGGACACAAAUCAAAUAAGUGCUACUGCUACUAAGAUCAGUGAACUGUCAACUAAACUGACAACGGAGCGAAGAGCAGAAACCUCAACUAGUCAAAGUCAGAAUCACUCUCAUUCUGACGCUCCUCCUCCUCAGGGUCAUAGUUCCACUGUCGCCUGCUCCUCCGCUCUCGCACCUCCCUCCCUCCCCUUGGUGAUAGCGUGUGACGAGGUUGUUGAGGCUGACGUUGUGGUUGAAGCUCUUGACGCAGCGCUGGCAUUGGAAGGGCCUCUCCCCAGUGUGGACAUGCAGAUAAAGAUGGCCACUCCAGGCAAAGUGUCGAAAAAGGAGCGGAAGAAGCAGAUCCCAGCUAAGACGUCCCUGAACUCCCCCUACAGACUGCAAUGGAGCCCUCUGCAGAGUGAUGAUGUACACUUCAUCCUGGACACUCUGAAGAGCAAACUGUCAGCAACUGGCCUGGAAAAGAAAGAGGUGAAAGGGUUUCGACAGUGGGGGAAAAAGAGAAAUAAGAACCCACCUACAGGACAUGACUCUGUAGCUGAGCCCCCACAGAUAACCCUCGACGCUGUAACACCGGAAUGUCCUGUUAAACCCAGAGAGCAAGGCUGGACUGACAUAGCCGCUAGGAGGCAGCUGGCCAUCGGCAUCAAUGAGGUCACCAAGGCUCUGGAGAGGAACCAGCUCCGGCUGGUGCUCGUGUGCAAGUCGGUCAAACCGCCGCACAUGACGAGCCACCUGAUAGCGCUGUGCCGGACGCGGGGCGUGGCGGCAUGCCAGGUGCCGCGUCUCAGUGAGAGUGUGGCGGGACUGCUGGGGCUGAAGUGCGUCCUGGCACUGGGAUUCAGACAAGGGGACAGGAACGAGGAUGGGACGUUUUCCGACACUGUGGAAGCCAUUGUACCCAGAGUGCCUGCUCUGCAGGUUGCCUGGAUACCAAGCCCUCUCAGUGAAACAGGUGUAACAGUUGAGGGGCAGGUAGGAGAGGAAGAGGGAACAGCUGCAGGGCAAAUGGAGGUGGAAAAGGGAGAGGAGACAAGAGGCCAAAAACGGAAAAUUGAAGACACUUCUCCAGACAUUACAGAAUGUCCAUCCUGCGUACUUCAGCCUCUUAAAGUGAAAAAGAUUAUCCUGAACCCCUAUAAAAUACGGAAACCAAAGACUAAGAAAAAGUAGAAGCAAUUUAUGUACAAAAGAUGACAUGAAACAGUAGUGGAUGCUGAUUGGAGGUGAUCUCUACUACCAAUCUGGAGGAAACACUCCCAAAAUCCCAUGGAGGACUUAAAUGAAAUAUUAGACAGCACACUCAGAUGUAUCUUUUAAAGUCUAGAUGAGUUUAUUCCAUCAUGCUGGUAUAGCUUGCGUGAGUAUUUGAAACAUAUUCAGUAUUUGGAUGAGGUCCUGUUUAAACACUGCUGGUUCGAAUUCCUCAUUUCUUUUAGAGAAAGGUUUGUCCUUUCAAAACUACACAUUGAUAUAUAUAUAUAUAUAUAUUUUUUUUAAACAUGUUAAAUAAGGCAAGGAUUUUGGGUGCAUCUGCAUUGUAAAAACUGUCUCGUGCUCAAAUUCAAACAAGUUGAAGUACACAUCCACAACAGAUCCAACACUCAAGGCGCCCCUGGGACUAAUAAACACAUGGCUGACUCAGA